UUCCGCUCGACUUUCACCGUUCAUCCUCGCCGCCUCUAUCAACCACCCCGAUUCUGAAGGCCACGAGAGCUGAAAUGGGAGGCCCGAGACUCCAAAAAUAUCCUUUAUGACCGUUCGGAUCGUUCGACGCCUGGAUUUUCCAAUCCUGCCCAUGAUCCUCCCAUGCAUCAAUGCGGGGCCCUCGACUGUGUCAAGGACUUCGUCACCAUGGAUCUGCUCCUCGAUCGGCGGCCCAUUGGUCGCAGACCCCAAUGGGUUGUGUGAGAACCGUUACAGGGCUGCCACAUUAUCCCGUCAAUUCGGUUCCUGUGCAGCCUGUUAAUGCGGCCCCUGUUCCGUUGCAGACGAUCCUAGAUCCGCAACCGACUGCUCCAAUUCCCCCCAGGUUGACGAUAUCAAUCCUGACCGGUCUCGGCGGCGAAUCACAGUCCAGUUGUACCAAGCGGCAAGACUACCACACCAUACGAUAUUCGGGAAAAGAGCGGGAUAUCCGCCGUGCCUUGAACAGUCUCAUGGCGUCCGUGGAAUCCACGAAGGAGGUGAUGCUGAUUGUGGCCAUCGCCCAGCGCAACAAACACACGCUGGAGCGCUUCCCCGCCGCCUGCAAUCGGCUGAUCGAACGGCUCUACGAACUGCGAUGGAAGCUCAAGGACCGCGACGUCCUGGGCACCAUCUCCACCAUCUUCACGCGCCUGGCGAAGUACAACCUGCGCAUGACGUGGGAGAUGCACCACCAGGGCAUCCUCUUCGCCGCGCGGUGCCGCAACCUCACCGCGCUCCGGCGGUUUCUCCUGCUUGCCCGCGCGGACAACGUCCCCCUGGGGCCCAAGCAGCUCUACACGCUGAUCGGCAAGCUAGCGGUCCCGCCGGGCAGCUUGCAGGAUCGCGCGAACGGGUCGUGGAAGCACGAGGACAUCAUGGAGAUCUUGACAGGGUUUAAAGACCUCACGCCCGCCGACGCGUGUCAUCUGGAGAUUUUCGCGAGCGCGAUCCGGGAGCGGUGGGACCUGCUCCGGAUUUGGAUUACGUGUCUGAGUCGAUGUAGGGUGGAGGAGCAGAUGGCGAGGGAAUGGGAGGUGUGGAUGCAAAGUCCCAUGAGACGUUUGGCCCGGCUGGUCAAUUCACCCCGGGCCAGCGUUGCCGGGGUGACAGUGACGGCGAAGAGCAGAGGCGAUCUUUGGUUUCUGCAUCAGUGCCUGGAAGGGGGUUUCGACGAACUAUGUUGGCGUAUCGUGGGCGAAUCGGACAUCCAGAUCGGGGAUUUGACAGUGUGGAAUCGGGAGGAUCUGCUCCGACGAGAAGAUUCCCUCCCGGAAUCGAAUCACACGGCACGGAUGAAGCUGAAGCUUUGGCGAGCGAGCAUGAAACAGGAGCUGGGGGGACUUGUCUUCAAGACUCAGGAUACCAUCGCUCAGAUUACAGUAAUACAAUCUCGUUAAUAUACACAUCCUGCCCACGUGGAUGACAGCCUUGCAGCAAUAAGGCGAUGUCCAAAAUGCUCCUAUGUACGCCGAACAAUGCAACUUCAAAUUGACAGAA